AUGUCAGAAGAGCAGAAGCAAGUCGGAUACUUGCAUUCUUUCCUCGCCGGAGGUGUAGGAGGCAUCUUCCUGGUUCUCGUUGGACAUCCUCUGGACACGAUCAAGGUUCGUAUCCAGACCAUGCAUGUGGUACCCGGGCAAGAGGCGCCGUACAAGGAAGACAAGGGGAUGGUAGACUGUGCCAAGAAGAUCGUGGAGAAAGAAGGGUUCAAGGGAUUGUAUCGUGGAAUGGCAGCGCCAUUGGCGGGAGUUGCUCCUAUGUAUGCCCUGUGCUUCUUGGGAUAUGGAGUCGGGAAGCAUAUCUUCUGUGACAACGAUGCCUUUGAGAAGUUGAAGCUAACACAGAUCGGCUUGGCUGGAGCCACCUCUUCGUUGUUCACUACCCCGAUCCUCGGGCCCGGAGAGAGGCUCAAGUGCGUCCUGCAGACGAUGGAAAGUCCUCACUACCAUGGGCCCAAGUACAACGGGUGUGCCGCUCUGGUGUCUGGAUUGUACAAGGAGGGAGGGGUUUCAAGCAUUAUCCGUGGAUCGGGAAUUACAUGCUUCAGAGACGCCGUUGCUUCUUUCUUCUACUUCGCAACCUACGAGUUUCUCAAGAAGGAAUGGACUCCCGAGGGCAAGAAGCAACCUGGAGUGUUCGCUACCUUCUGUGCAGGAGGUUUUGCUGGCAUGGCCAACUGGAUGGCAAUGCUCCCUAUCGACACGGUCAAGUCUCGAUAUCAGGUUGCUGAGACGGGAAAGUAUUCUGGUGUGACUGCUGUGGCAAGGGACAUCAUGGCGAGAGAAGGAGUCAAAGGAUUCUAUAAGGGACUGACCCCAGUGCUCGUACGUGCUUUCCCAGCCAAUGCUGCAUGUUUCGUGGGAUACGAGACCGCCAGCAAGUUCUUGAUCAAGAUCGGAAUCGAGUAA